GCCACAAGGAGCAUGCCAUAUAUGCUUAGCGUUACGCGUGUGCCAGCGUGUCUCACCUUGCACACAUACUAGGUGAAGGCCAAGUAGGAUCGAGUGGAGUGUUUCCGAUGGAGGAGUUGUGGAAGGACAUGUCCCUGCCUUCCACCCCGGCCGCGCUGCAGUCGUACCACAUCCGCUCUCCGGCCGCCGCCGUCUACCCCCAGGACUACCUCGCCGGCCCGGUGCCACUGCGGCGGGGGCAUCCUUACACGGCGCUCACCCUCAGCUCCUCCGUCCAGUUCACCUUCCAGGGCGGUGGCUCCGGUUCCGGUACGCCCUCCGGCUCCAGCUCCUGCAGUGACUACCCCUUUGGCUUCCCCUCCGCCUCCGGAGCCAACAGCAGCAACAACAACAGCAAGAGGGUGCAGGUCGAUGCUCCGGCGGCGGUCGACCGUCAGCGCCGGAUGAUCAAGAACCGGGAGUCGGCGGCCCGGUCGCGGGCGCGGAAGCAGGCCUACACCAACGAGCUGGAGAUGGAGCUGGCGCAGCUGCGCAGGGAGAACCAGAUGCUCAUCAAGCGCGAGCAGGACUUCAUCAAAGAACGUUCGGCGACGGCGGUAGUCCUCCCCGACUGCAGAAGCAGCAGCAGCAACGGCGGCGGCAGGAGCAGGUCCAACAGGUCCACUCUCCACUUCGAGCUCGAGCAGAGGCAGAGGUGCCGCUCCGCCCCUGCGCCAUGAUCGGCGACGGCCAUGGUCCAUCGACCGCAGCAGCUUAAUUAUCCACUAAUUAAUUAGUUAUAUACAAGACUACGCAAUGCAUGUGCUUGCUACUUACAUGGUUGAUUGUCCAAGCUAGCUCUAGGUGAUGGACAUAUCGAUAUUAAUUGGAGUCGUGAACUAUGCAUGUGCAUGUGUAAUCUAGCUAGUACGUAGUAGCUUUGUUGCAAAGUUAGGCUAGUAUAUGUAAUAUAUCUCCUUAAUAUUGAGGUGAUGGACGAAUCAA